UUGUUUUCACAAUUCGCUUAUUAUUGCUCGUACUUGUGCUGCACGAUAUAGUCGCCAUCUCUCACAUUGAAAAUUAGGAGCACUGUAGAUCAGCAGCAGCAUUAACACAAGGACCGCAGAUGAUGAUAAUGGCAUUUAAGAGACAGUCUCGGGUGUUGGUUUGGCUGGGGAUUGUGAUGGCGGUUAUGUAUUUUGCAAGUUGUAAUUGCUCGAGCGUCGACCAUAUGCCCUCCACAAGCGAGGAAAGUGAAGAUUUUCAGAAGGUGAAAGGAAAGGGUGAAGAAGCAGAGGAAAAGGCAGCAGAGAAAGCUAAAGAGGCUAGAGAAAAUACAGAGACAUGGACGGAAUGGGCUAAGGAGAAAAUCUCUGAGACGAUUGGACGCAAGCAAGAUGAAGCCAAGGAGAUUGCUAAGAAAGCCUCUGAUACAGCCGCUGAUACAGCUAAGAGGACUAAAGAGAAAGUUUCUGAGAAAACUGAAGAAAUGAAGGAUGCUGCAACUGAGAAGGCGAAAGAAAUGACGAAAGCGGCUAAAGAGAAGGCGAGGGAAAUGACAAAUGCAGCGAAGGAGAAGGUGAGCGGGACAACAGAGGAAGCAAAAGAGAAGGCGUACGAAGCAAAGAGAAGGGCAGAGGAGAAGGCAGAGGAAGCAAGAGAGAGGUCGAGGAGUGCGGCGUGGGAGAAAACAGCAGAAGCGAAAGAAGCAGCAAGGAAGGCGAGUGAAGAGGCUAAAGAAAUGGGGAACAGGAUUAAGGAAGAAAGCGAGAAGGAAGGAGAGGAGGAAGUGAGAGAAGGUGCAAAGGAAAAAGCAGAGCAGUUGAAGGACGAAGAGCUGUGAGCGGGUGGGUUUUGUAAUUUGCAAGUUUAGAGUUGGGGUUGCGUUUUGAAUUUGGAAUAGUUUGUUGUUGUAUUAUAAUACAGAGAGUUGAUAGUGGAGCAAAAGCCUUUUGCUAUAAUAGAAAGAGAGUUGUGGGUUUGGAUGAUUUGCGUUGUUGGGCCUGGGCCUGGGCCUGGGUUGAAUGAAUAAUAAGAUGAAGUUUAAAAAACAUUAGGAGCAAGCAGCAACUUUUGGUAUUUGCAUGUGAAGACGAGUAAUUGCUUUUUGUGUGUGUGGUUCCCAUAAUAUAAUGAGACUCGUACCCAAUUAGUGUGGGUGGAAGUAUCAUUAAGGGAAAUAUAUACGUAAUUCUGUGUCAUUCAAAAGCCCCUAUAGCCUACGGGAGAGAGAGAUCACAUUUAAAGAUAGAUGUUGUGUGAUUUGAGUAGGAAAGGCAUUUAUUGAAGUUAUUGUUGGAGUAGGUCACGGUACUUUUUUUAUAAGAUUUAUUAGACGACGAGUUUUAGAGGAUGGUUGUUGAGAUAUUAAACACGUGAAUGUUUGGUUUUAUGUAAUAAUAAUAAUAAUAAUAAAUUCCAUAUGGGGUGGAGGAAAGCAUUGAAAUAAUUGGUUGAUAUUUGUAUUAUUAUACUAAUACACCCUUGGGGAAAGAGUCACGUAAAUCACACAAAUAAUAUGAGGAACCUCUCUUUGCUUGCUUGUAAAGGGAUCCACACUAAUAAAGACUCCUCUUAUUUUUUUAUUAAAUUAAAUAUAAAUAGACAAAAAUAAAAGAAAUGGAGUCAAAUAAAUGGGUUUGUGUGUGAUAUUGAAUGACGAAAGAAACUUCAAAAUAAGCAAACCCAAGAAUAUGGAUAAUUAUCAUUUAAUACCAAAACUAUUAAUUAACAAACACAUAAUGACGCAGAAAUACUCAUCAACAUGGACAUAACGUGUGGGCAAAAUCUCUCUCUCUCUCAUAAAUCAAAAUUACAAUAAUAUCAGCAAUCUCUAAUUGAUUUUAACUGUUUCAACGGUAUCUGGUUUUCUCUCCACAGCCAGAGCUUAUACAUAAUCCAACUCUCUCUCUCUCUCUCUCUAUCCAACCCAACAACUCCAUACAAUCUCCAUAUUAUCCCAAAUCAUAUCUUAUAUUCAACAUAACAAUUAUUAUUAAACACCACACCCCCAACUGUGAAUGGUGACACACCAGCACCACAACGGAAUGCGACUUGGUAACUACGAGCUCGGUCGGACUCUGGGCGAAGGUAAUUUUGGAAAAGUCAAAUUAGCUAAGAACAUCGACUCCGGCCUUCCUUUCGCUGUCAAGAUCCUCGAGAAGAACAGGAUCAUCCAUCUCAACAUCUCCGAUCAG